GAAUCCGGGUGUCCCGUCUCUUCGACAGUCGGAUGACCUUGAAGCUACUACAAGCCAGGCAACGCAGUCCCUCCGGAUACUUCAACACACAACGCUUCCGUCUGGCGACCGGUAGCCCUGCUUAAAACUCUACAUCCUCUCCGUCGUCCUAAAUCCUUCAGAUCUCACCAUGGCUGAUGUGGAGAUGACUGAUGCGCCUACCGCUGCGCCCGUGGCGAAGAAAAAGGGAGGUGCUGCCCCCGACGGAGAGGGCAAGGAGGCAAAGAAACGGUUCGAGAUCAAGAAGUGGAACGCUGUUGCCCUCUGGGCAUGGGACAUUGUUGUGGACAAUUGCGCCAUUUGCCGAAACCACAUCAUGGAUUUAUGCAUCGAGUGCCAGGCGAAUCAAGCAUCUGCAACAAGCGAGGAAUGCACUGUUGCUUGGGGGAUCUGCAAUCACGCCUUCCACUUUCAUUGCAUAUCAAGGUGGCUCAAAGCUCGCCAAGUCUGCCCUCUUGACAAUAGAGACUGGGAGUUCCAGAAGUACGGGAGAUAAGUGGGAAUGGUCGUCGGAUGAUCAACGCAUAUAUUCCAUGGCUCCUGGUCAUAGGAAAGCUCAAGAUGCACACGCCGCAGUCAUAAACCGCUUGCAAGGAAAGUCCAGGCACGGUCUUUGCAAAUGGUAUUGCGGGUCGAGUUCUCCCAUUACAAGGCCAACCUAGAUCCGGUUUAGGCGCCGAUGGAGAGCCUCUCAUAACUGAUGAAUUGACGAUAAUUCUUUCUGCAUUUGGCUCCGUACUUUCGCGUGUCCCACAACCUUGAUUUCACCCAAGAACCUUAUCAUCCACUACCAAGUUCGCCGGCGCAGAUAUCCCACCUCGAACCGGUAACCACUUGACAGGAUUUCGGUUGAAGAAGGGCCAGGGCGGAACGACGAGGACAAAAACCAAGACGGUGCCCCCAAGGCCGAGGUAAAC